AUGAGUGUUUUUGCAGCGGCGCGCCAGCGGGCAGCACAUUAUGCCAAUCGAAAUCCCUUAUUUGCGAAACUUAAUAAAACCCACCUUGAAUACUUCAACUGUGUGCUUCGGGAGCAAUGUCCCAAGAAUAAAAAACCGGGGAGGAUGCUGACAGAUCCGAAUAAAAUUGUGUCUUUCAAUAGGGAUUGGAUGAACCAGGUGGAGGGGGAAUGUCCCGUGGUUCUUCUCCCAACAUCGACUCAGCAAGUGGCAGCCAUCCUACGCUACUGCCAAAGUGAGAAAAUUGGGAUUGUUCCACAGUGUGGGAACACCGGGUUGGUGUAUGGUUCUUCUGCACUUCACGACGAAGUCAUCCUCAGUCUCAGGGAAAUGAACGGCGAUCCUGUUGUCUCUCCACAGACUAUGUCCACAGAAGCGGAGGCGGGUGUCAUCCUUCAGCAACUGCAGGAGGCGGCAAAGACCCAUGACCUCCUUGUGCCUAUUACAAUGGGGUCCAAAGGGAGCGCACAAAUUGGUGGUGCUGUAAGCACAAAUGCAGGUGGUAUUCAUUUUGCCCGAUACGGAUCUAUGCACGCAAAUGUGCUGGGUCUUGAGGUGGUGACGGCUCAAGGAGAAGUGCUGGACAUGAUGUCUACCCUCAGAAAGGAUAAUGCGGGGUAUGACAUGAAGCAUCUUUUUAUUGGGAGCGAAGGUACACUUGGGGUCGUGACUCGUGUAAGUUUGAAGCUUUACCCUUUUCCGCGCUCCACUCAGUUGGCCCUGUUUCGCCUCACGACGUUCGAGUCGGUGCUAGAGCUUUACCGUUUGGCGCAGGAGCAUCUUUCUGAAUGCCUUUCGGCUUUUGAAGUGGUGGAUGGCGAAUCUCUCUCAGUCACUCCACAGGAGGAGCUGCCUUUUACGCGAACAAGCAAGAGUGAUACGUUUCGCGCCGGCCAGGAUUUCACCAGUGCAUACUUCUGUGUUAUGGUAGAGACAAAUGGCAGUAAUGCCGAGCACGACAUGGAAAAACUCUCUCGUUUUGUGGAAGCUGCAGAGUGUAACCCUCGCUGUGUUUCAAAAGGUGACUUGGGAGAAUCAUUUGAACCCGUCCUCUCACAAUCGCUCGCACAGACGGCUCAGCUGUGGAAUCUGCGUGAGGACACCCCGGUACGGCUUGCUAGUGCCGGGACCAUCUACAUAUUUGACGUCAGCUUUCCGCUUGACAAGUUUUACGACAUUGUGCUGCACUUUCGCAAGAUGAUCUACAAGAAUGGUGGGUUUGACCCGGACGAGGUGUUGGUGGUUGGCUACGGUCACUUUGGGGAUGGCAAUAUUCACCUCAAUGUUGUGGAUCGAACACGAAAACACAGUGACGCACUUGACGCCGUGCUGUUCCCGGCUGUUUAUGAGUUCUGCGCGGCACACUCCGGAUCCAUCUCGGCAGAGCAUGGCGUCGGGGUGCAGAAGAAGGCGUAUCUCGGCUUUUCACGUAAACCGGAGGUCAUUGCGCUGAUGCGAACCCUGAAACGGACGAUGGAUCCAAAUGGAAUUCUUAAUCCAUACAAAGUCAUUGAUUGA